AUAUUCACAGCUGAAGAAAAACGAAACUGAUCACUUUACUCGCAUACUCUCAAUAGUGUUUUCACGUGUUUUUAAUAAUUGUAAUCUCUUUUAUCUGUAUGGCUAAUACCAGCUAAGUGACUUUAAGAAAAAUCACAAUUUGUCACUGACGGAUGGGAUGACGGUACGAAUUUUACUCUAUAUUUUGACGUUCGCGUGAGCGUACAGACUGGAAAGAGAACUAUUACAAGGAAGAGGAGGGGCAGAUGAUUCAUCAGAGGAGUUGAAAGAGCAAGUCAGGAGAUGUUUGUCUCUUUGAUACUCAAAUCAACAAUUAGUGAUGUUUUGGAGAGUAGACAGUACCAGGUCUAUGGAAUCUGAUUUCUCCCUUUAUGGAUUUGUGAAAAUAUUUCCUUUCCUCAAGCUAUGGAAAAACAAAGACAGAAAAGACACAACCAUUGACUGGUUUUCCACAGAUGUCCUUUGUGUCGUGUUACCUCUGGUAGGAGGAUGAUCAAAAGUCAAGAGCAGGAUGAAUUCUUUGCUGUGAGAGUUCAGGAUCCUCGCGUUCAAAACGAAGGGUCGUGGAUCUCAUACGUGGACUUCAGAAUUUUCCUUCAUACAAACAGCAAAGCAUUCACUGCCAAAACGUCCUGUGUGAGGCGGCGAUACAGCGAGUUUGUGUGGUUGAAGAAAAAACUGCAAAAGAAUGCUGGUUUGGUGCCUGUUCCUGAUCUGCCCAAAAAGUCUUUCUUUUCAUUUAUUAAUGAUGAAUUCAUUGAAAGGAGGAGGAAAGGUCUUCAGAGCUUCUUGGACAAAGUGCUGCACAUGACCGUAUGUCUGUCAGAUAGCCAGCUCCAUCUUUUCCUGCAGACUCAGCUUCCUGUCAAGCACAUUGAGGACUGUGUGCAGGGUCACACCCCUUACACUGUGACAGAAGCCAUUCUGACUUACGCUUCCUCUAACCGUGGCUGGGUGCAGGAGGAAGGGGGCGGGGCCCAAGAAUUAUGGCCUACCCCUGUUCCAUAUGAAUCUGUAGAGAGCCCUGCUCCUCACCUGCCUUCAUUACAAAAACCUGGAGCCACAUCCAGCGGACCUUUAAAUGAACUUACAGUUGUUUUAGACUCCGAGUCGAGACCAAGUGAUGCAGAACAGACUGAACUUGACAUGAAGGAGGGAAUUGGCCAUGAACAGCUGCCUCAAGAGGGAGAGAGUUACAUUACAUUAGUAGUUGAAGUCCACCCGAACCGUGUUACUGUUGAAACUGAGGAAGAGGAUGAACAGAUUGGAUCAAAAGAAACGCAAAGGCUUGAUAGCGAUGCCAAAGAUCUACAAAAUUAUGACUGUGACUGUCUUGCUCCACCGAUAGAUGGACUCAUUGAAGACAAGAUUCAGCAUGGAGAUGCAUGCAAUGAAGAAGAUCUUGAUCAAGAAAGAACUGUUGUCGAAGAUGCACUAGACAUUACCUCACUAGAUGGAGUCAUCAAUAAAGAGAUUCAUGAUGAUUUCAAUGAUCUGAAGAAGGAAAUUCAAGAUGUCGGACCUGAACAGGACAGCGAUGUGAGACAAGCCUCUGACAAGGUCCUUCAUGAAGAAGAUCCUGGAGUAAGGAUCCAUAAUAAUGAAGUUACUAUGGAUCUCAGUGCUGUCGAGGAAGACGAUGUUGAGAAGGUACAUGAAACCGCAGCUUCCACUUUAAAAGAUGUUGCACUCCAUGAUGCUUUUGAGGAGAACACACCAGAUAUUGAUGGUCAUGAUAAAGCUGGUAUAACAGAGGAAGAUGCAACCCAGGAGAAUGGAGUCAGUGAUGAAGAUUGCAGCGAUGAUGCUGCUGUUCAGGAAGAGAAUGAAAGGCAUGUCGGGGAAGUGAACAAGCUCAACGCAAAAUGUUUUCAGCCUAGCAGUGCCAUUUUGAUACUUGAAGGAAUUGAGGAAGCAGUGAGCACGCGAAUGGCCCUCGUGACAGAGACUGUCAGUAACCAUGAUGCAAAUACUGCUGAUGUCAACACCCUUGUUUUACACGCCAUCGAGAUUGAUACAAUCUAAUGUCACAAGAUGGACGGUCAUAUAAUCAUCAAUGCUCAUCAAAAAAAUACAAAAAAAGUUACAGUCAUAGAUUGGACACCGUGUUCAAGGAGUCCUACCUUCGCCUCUUUUCCAGUUAUCAUACAAAACGUUUUUAUCCAAAUAAGUGUGUGCAUGUAACUAUAAAGGGAGGAACACAUUUAAAUUUGCUUAUUGCAUUGAUCAACCAAUGUUGACGUGUUCAUACUUUACAGAAGAUACUCUGAAUGGUUAGAUGGGCUGUAGUUUUUCCCUACAAACAAUGUGAUCAAACAGAAAUAAUGCACUGACCAAUGUGCCAAUCAGGAUUGUGAGCAAACUGCACAUGCAACGAAUAGUUAGGAAUCCAUGGUAGCGGGCAAGAAAAAGCAGUGCACAUCACUAUGGCACCUUGAUUCUAAAAUUCUCCAUUCUUAAUAAAAAAUAUUUCUGUGUUCGUAUGAUUUUAGCAACAGCAAUUAACCCAUGACAUGUAGCUGAUCUAUUUUAGCAUUUUCAAAACCCGAUUUUAACUGACAUGUCACUUUCUAAGGCACUUCCCUUUUUCCAUCCAACUGUAAAAACAUGUUGCUCACAGGUGUUUGUUCUACUGGAACUUUUAGGUAAUUCAAGGGAUAGUUCACCCCAAAUUGGAAAAUUUUCAAUAUUUAUUCACCCUCAUGUUCUUCAGAACCUAAAUUACUUUUGGAAUUAUUUUCCAGUAUUUGGAAACAAGUCUGUUUUUUCUGUCCAAUGUUGUUGUGGGCCCAUUGUACAGUUGAAACAUUCUUCAUACUAUCAUCUUAAAUAAAUUUCAGAAGGGAAGAGGAAAAUGUGAGUAAAUUAUGACUUUUAUAAAUUUUCAUUUUGGGAUGAUUGAUCAUUUUAUUAUUAUUAAAAUGCAUUGGUAUAUUUAGUGCAGGUGGCUAAUGGCUGUUAAAUUUAAUUUUUAAAUUCAGGGUCUUUGGUUUUUAAUUUCCUUGUUUCUUAAUUUAUGUUGAAAACACUAAUUUCCAUACAGAAACUUUGUGAGCUAAGGAAAAUAACCCACAUGUGUAAGAAAUUACAGUGCACAUUGAUAACAAUAAUAAUAUAUUUUAUUUUCCCCAUCCUGACAAUGUUGUACUAGGUCAAGUAAGCUGCUUUUUUACUGUUCUUCUAGAUUCUGCUGUGAUGAUGUGUUCAGGGGCUGCUUGUAAUACUUAUGGGAACAGAAAUACUGUAUACUCAAAAGGGAAUUGUUUGUUGGUUAAAAGGAAAGGAUACUUCUUUAUUUUCUUAGAUAUGGUGAUCUCUUAUUACACACAUCAGGUGUUGUUGUGCUUUUUUUUUUCUUCUUUCAGAUCAGCACAGUAAGACCAUUGUGAAUGCACAUCAUCAUUACAAAUUCAUAGCAUCCUAAAUUGUUUGAUUUUCAAGGAUUUAAGCUAACAGUUUUAACAGUGGUUCUGUAUUUUAUUUUAAGUUGUGAAUAGUUUAAGAACAUCUCAGUUGGCUCUAGUCGUAAUGUGUCAUUAUGGUUCAUUUAAAAGAGCCACAUCUGUCGGUCUAAACUACAUUCUGCAUGAGUCUGAGAACAGGUGUUCCUCACUGUAUCAAUGUUUGGAUUCUCCAAUGUGCUUAUUAACAGCAAACAAAUAAAAGAAUGAGGUGGAAAUUAAACGAAAUGUCUACUGAUUCACCUGAGGGAACACGUUGGAAAUGAUGAGUGCAUUCACAAUACAAAACAAUAACAGUAUUUUAACUGACCAGAUAAGUUUAAAAAUGCCAUUGGACAGUUCAACCAAUGGAAAUUGGACUACAUUUAAACAGCAUUUUGAAAUGAAUUAUUUCAUAUGUAUGUUCAAAUGUAUGAGAAAUGCAGGAAUCUGUUAUAGUAAUGUUUGUCAUUUUAUUUCAGAAACAUUGUUAGAUUCAUGUCAGAAAUGCUGGUAAUAUAAUGAAUGAUUUUAGUUUUUUUGGUGGUGAUUGACAGUCAUGUGAUAAGUUAAUACAUUUAGUAAU